UCCAUCGGAACCGCUUCGCGGAUUCGUUUGAGGCAGCCUCUUUGCCAUUCCCUUUCCCAAACUAAAACUGAAUUGGCUGCCUUCGUUUUACCUACUUCUUAAAAUUCAGAUAUCUUGGGAAUUCAGAUUAUUGUUUCGUUGUCAUCUGUGGGUUUCAGUCCGCUUCCUUGGGGCUGUUGAUUGCUUAUUGAAGGUUCAAAUCUCUAACCAUUCAGGUGGUUCGAAGGGGAUUUUGAACACUUAAACUGCUGGAAAUGACAGUAUUAAAGCGCUAUGUGCUGCGAUUAUUCAUAUCUUUGAAGUACAUAACAGCGAAUGUGGUAGAUAGAAAUAAUGGACGAGUUGUGGCAACUGCGUCCACAGUUGAACACUCCAUCAAGGGCUCACUUGAAUGUGGCCGGUCUUGUAAUGCCAAAGCAGCAGCAGUUGUUGGAGAGGUGCUGGCUAUGCGACUCAAAGUCGACGGUCUUGAACAGGGGCAAGGACGAGGAAUUCACGUGGACGUAAAUAAGGAAAUUGAGAAAAAAGGCUUAAAAAACUGCACAAAAAUCUGGGCUAUUGUCAACUCUCUUAGGAAUGGUGGAGUUAAGCUUAUUCUCGACGACAAUGUUGAUGGUGCAUCUAGGCCAGGUUAUCAGUAAGCACAUCCAAAAUCGAUCUUAUCAUAUCCUUCAGUGGGAAAAAAUGGGGUGAGGAUGGAGCUCAGCUCGACCCAUCAGUAUGAUGAGCUGCUGCUAUCUGAAGGCUAAAUGUAAUGAACUAUCUUUAUCAGUUGCCAUCAGAUUAAACCAUCAGUGUUUGUCAGCACAUGAUCUUUGGAAGUUUGUAAAGUAGAGACAACUUUCUAGCUCCACUUUUGUAAAGAGUUGCACAGUAAUAAUGAUAAAUAGCCAUUUGGGUAUUGAUUUUAUCACAGUGAAAUGGCCCUGUAUGAAGAACUUCACACUCUGCUUAUUCUUCUCUCUUGUAGGUUUAGUUUUGUUUUGGUUGAUUUCUUCCAUCUGGCUGUCUCUGCCUGCUGGUGCAGCAAGUGCCUUCUGAUGAGUCUCUCUUGCGUGGAAGCAAGGAUUGUAGAACAAAAGAUAAUAAUAAAGUGCUUUUCAGGCAUCUGGAAGAAUGAUUCCAUUUGAUGAGAAGUUGAUUUUGAA